AUGGGAUCCGUUAGAAAGAGAAAGAUGGCUAGAUCAUCCAUCAAUAAGACGUCCAGGAGAACUAAGGACAAGCAAAGAAAAGUUAAUAUUAAAGGAAAUCCUAUCAUUGCAAAAAAUUGGGAUUAUUCCAAAACAUUAACACAAAAUUAUAAAAGAUUAGGAUUAGUAUCUAAAUUAGAUAAGCCAGCUGGUGGACAGGAAGCAGAUUUAAGCAAAGUAAUUAGGAAGAAUGCUGUUGUUAAGGCUGUUACCAUUGCUGAUGAAGAUAGUUCUGAUGAAGAAGAAGAAGAAGAAGAAGAUGAAAGUAUGAAUGAUAUAAAAGACGAAGAAUUGAAUAGUGAUGGUGAAUUUGAUGAAAACAAAAUUCCUGAGGGCGAGGCCAGAAUUCAACGUGAUAAAGAUGGACAGGUGCUAAAAGUUUUUUAUGGCAAAAAGAAGAUGUUUGAUAUUGACCAGAGCGUUGAAAGUUUGAAGGCAACUCGAGGAGGAGGAGAAAGCACGGAGGUAGUAAAACAAUUGGAAGAGUAUUCAAAUAGACCUAUAGCGCCAAAGAUAAGAAAGCAAAGUAGCAGGGAGGAGGAGUGGAUAGAAAGGUUAUUUAAAAAACAUGGAGACAAUUACAAGAAGAUGGCUUUUGACACAAAAUUAAAUGUCAAUCAACAAACUGAAGCUGAUUUAAAGAAAAGAAUUAUGAAAUGGAAAAAAAAACAAGGUAUCAAUUGA